AUGUUUCUACCCCUGUUCUCGUCGCUCGUUGCCUUACCUGCAGUUCUUGGUGCGGCACUAAUCCCGAAGGAUACGAUUGCAUGUGUGCAUAAUGCUGCCAACCGAUCCUGCUGGAGCGAUGGGUUUGAUAUCUCUACCAACUAUUACGAAAAGGUCCCUGACACGGGAGUGGUGCGCGAGUACUGGCUCAAUAUUGAAAACACCACAGCCGCCCCGGACGGUUUCGAAUUACCGGCUCAACUAAUCAAUGGAUCUUUUCCGGGGCCAACCAUCAUCGCGGACUGGGGUGAUACAGUUGUUGUACAUGUUACGAAUUCCCUCCAGAAUAAUGGCACCGGCCUGCAUUUCCACGGUAUCCGACAGAAUUGGACCGACCAGAUGGAUGGAGUCCCGAGUAUAACACAAUGUCCGAUUGCCCCAGGAGAUUCGUAUACCUACAAGUGGCGUGCAGUCGAAUAUGGUACUGGCUGGUAUCACUCCCACUUCUACGUCCAAGCAUGGGAUGGUGUAUUCGGAGGUAUUCUGAUCAAUGGCCCUGCAACGGCCAACUACGACGUUGAUCUGGGUCAUAUAUUUCUGAACGACUGGUACCAUUAUACGGCCGAUCAACUAGACUCCCAAGCCGCAACGGGUGGACCGCCGACUGCAAUAAACGGACUCAUCAACGGAACCAACACCUACAAUGACACGCUUGGAUCCCGCUUCAAAACCGUCUUCAACGCCAACACCCGGUACCGUCUUCGCCUGGUCAAUGCGGCCGCUGAUAAUCACUUCCGCUUCAUGAUCGAUAAUCACACACUGGAGGUCAUCGCCAAUGACUUUGUUCCCAUCGUUCCGUACGAAACAACAGACCUAAGCAUCGGCAUGGGUCAGCGCUACGAUGUUAUUGUCACCGCGAAGGACCUGGCUAGCGGCAACUUCUGGCUACGGGCUAUCCCACAAGAGGCGUGUUCCGAGACCAGCGCUGUGGACAAUGUGAAGGGCAUUAUCCGCUACGACAGCUCAUCGACCGCUGAUCCAACGACUUCCGCAUAUAGCUACACAGAUUCGUGUGCUGACGAGGACUCAUCAAACCUCGUCCCUUACCUUCCUCUCAACGCUUCCGAUACCUACACAUACGGCGAGGAUGAGGAAGUAGCGGUCCAAGUCACGGAUAACGCCCUUCUCUGGACAAUGAACAAGACUUCGUUCCGUACAGAAUGGGAAAACCCGACCUUGAAGCAAGUGGCCAACGGCAGCGCCCCCUUCACUGCUAAACAACAUGUCAUCCAACUGCCCCAGGCAAACCAGUGGGUAUCAUUCGUGAUCCAUUCGCCCUUCGCCCAAGACCACCCGAUGCAUCUCCACGGUCACGACUUCUUGAUUCUGGCGUCUGGAUACGGUGACUUUGAUUCCAGUUUAAUCACCCAGUCAUCUCUUGUGAAUGCGCCGCGACGGGACGUUGCCAUGCUGCCCGCCAGUGGUUACCUAGCCAUCGCAUUCCGAACUGACAAUCCCGGCGCUUGGUUAAUGCACUGUCAUAUCGCCUGGCAUACCGCAGAGGGCUUCGCCGUGCAGAUUCUGGAGCGUAAAUCGGAGAUUUUUAUCGACCGCAGUCAGCUGGAUUCGACUUGUACAAAUUGGAAUAAGUAUGUUGCCGCUAAAGAUGUAACUCAACACGAUUCUGGGGUUUGA